GUGGCCUCGGCGGCGGAAGGGGGCGGGGCCUGCGUGGCGCGCUCGGGGCCGCGAUGCUGUUCUAUUCGUUCUUCAAGUCCCUCGUGGGCAAGGACGUGGUGGUGGAGCUCAAGAACGACCUCAGCAUCUGCGGCACGCUGCACUCGGUGGAUCAGUACCUGAACAUCAAACUGACCGACAUCAGCGUCACGGACCCCGAGAAGUACCCGCACAUGCUGUCGGUGAAGAACUGCUUCAUCCGCGGCUCCGUGGUUCGCUACGUGCAGCUGCCCGCGGACGAGGUGGACACGCAGCUGCUGCAGGACGCGGCGCGCAAGGAGGCGCUGCAGCAGAAACAGUGACCCCGAAACCGGGGGGAUUCACCCCAAAAUCGGGGGGGAUUCACCCCAUAAUCUGCUGAGACCCCUCCCCAAAACCUCCUGAAAAUCCGGGGGGAUCCCGCCCAAAAUUGGGGGGAAUUCACCCCAAAAUCGGGGCGGAUUCACCCUGAAAUCCGGGGGGAUCCCUUCCCCGAAAUCGGGGGGAUUCGCCCCAAAAUAUCGGGGGGUUCACCCCAAAAUCUGCAGGGACCCCUCCCCAAAACCUGAACGGGGACCCCUCCUGAAAAUCCAGGGGAUUCACCCCAAAAUCCGGGGGGAUUCACCCCAAAUACCCAGGGGCAUUCACCCAACCCUCC